CUUCAUUUGCCUAUGCAAUUCGGUCCCUUGCUCGGGCGGCUAGUCCUUGUUCGUUCAGCUCGUCCGAGCUUUUCCUUUCCGGUUAGUUUGAUAGUCACACGUCAAACAUGCUGAGUCUGGGUUUGGUCUGGAGCUGUGAAUCCUAUACAACUUGGCAGCAUCAUGAUGUGGUCAGUACUUGCCAAUAGGGAAAGCGUCGGGCGAAGGCAAGGCGAAGGCCUUUGUUGUUCAGCACCCCACGACAUGAAUCUCUCCUCCUGGCUUGCCGCGACUUCGCUACUUUUACCCAGAGGAAAUAUUGACCGAUCGAAAAAUACGUAACGAGAGGGAUGCUAAAAUGAUUUUAACAACUUAGUACGCGACCUCGGACUCAAGUUUCAACAGUCUCUCAGUAGCAUUGGUGACAGCCAAGUUUUGAACUAUGUCUACCUGGUUUCUGGCGGCCUUGGUGUCGUCUUGUGCGGCACUCAAUGCUGAGCUUCUCAUUUCAAACGCCCUUGUCGCCCCCGACGGUUUUUCAAUGAAUGCCAUCGUGGUCAACGGCCAAACUCCUGGACCAGUCCUCACAGCACAGAAGGGCGAACGCUUCCAAGUGAACGUCACGAAUUUGUUGGUGGACGAGUCGAUGAACAAGAGCACGACCGUUCACUGGCAUGGAAUCAAUCAGCACGGGUCGGCUGAGAUGGAUGGAUCUCCCAUGGUGACUCAGUGCCCCAUCGCGUCUGGGCGUUCGUUCAUGUACGAAUUCACGCCAGAGGACCAGAGUGGCACAUUUUGGUAUCAUUCACAUUUCCAGCUCCAGUACUGUGAAGGUAUGAGGGGAGCUUUGGUCAUCUAUGACCCAGAGGAUCCUUACCUGGGCAUGUAUGAUGUUGAUGACGAAUCGACCAUCAUUACUCUCAUAGAUUGGUACCACGUGAACGCCUACGACCUUGCCCUUGCCGAUACUCCCGCUUCGACUCUCAUCAAUGGUGUGGGACGUUAUCCAAGUGGACCACCGCUACCUCUUUCUGUCAUACACGUCGUGCCAGGAAAACGCUACCGUAUUCGGUUAAUGAAUAUGGCAUGCAGACCAAACUACGUGUUUACGAUUGAUAACCACGUUUUUACAGUCAUCGAGGCGGACAGCGAAUACACGACGCCUCUGGAAGUUGACUCGAUCCAAAUUAUGGCCGGGCAACGGUACUCUUUCAUCUUGGUUGCAGAUCAGCCGAUCGACAGCUACUGGAUUCGUGCGAUGCCCAAUUAUGAUACGAGUUUUGCAGGAGGUCUCAACUCUGCGAUACUUAAAUAUGAUGGAGCUCCGGCAAUAGACCCCAUCCCCAGAAAUUGGACCUUGACCAACCCUUUGAGCGAAGAGAACUUGCAUGCGUUGGUAAACCCCUCAGCCCCCGGUGUCGCGGAGUCCGGUGGCGCGGACGUGUCGAUAAAUCUAGAAGCCGUAUGGGAUGGCCGCAUGAGUUAUCUCAUCAAUGGCUACACCUAUACCUCGCCUCCGACUCCGGUCUUAAUGCAAAUUUUAAACGGAAAAUUGGACAUUUCUGAGCUGAAACCCUAUGGAUCGGUUUACACUUUGCCUGCCAAUAAAACCAUCGAGGUGUCCAUACCUGGCGGACAGCCUGAGGGACCGCAUCCUUUUCACUUACACGGACACCCCUUCUCCGUUGUAAGAAGCUCUGGAAGUGACGUUUACAACUACGUCAAUCCUGUACGCCGGGAUACGACAAGCAAUGGCAGAUCGGGUGACAACGUGACAAUUCGCUUUAGAACCGAUAAUCCAGGGCCAUGGUUUUUGCACUGCCACAUCGACUUCCACAUGGAACAGGGUAUGGCUGUGAUCUUCGCAGAGGAUACCACUGGUGCUGCAUCAACCCUAAACGUAACAAGCACAUGGAAGCAGUUAUGCUCCACCAACGACCCCUCCUCACUAACGGAACGAACGGUGGAGCAGCAUCGCCGACGUCAUAUGAAUCAUCGAAUUAGACAUUAAUUUUUUGUGCAGCUUUCGGCGACCAGCAUACUUAAUUUGAAUUGCUUCAGUGUGAAUUAGCUUAUCUUUUAUAAUCCGUGUUCCCCGUAGCACCUCAAAUUGAUAAUGUUCCUACUGUGAAGGAUAUUGGCUGCUUAUUGUAAUUUCGUCGAUGUAGACGACAACACUGACGGUCAAUUGGACAGCAG